CAGCCCUGGCCCGGGCCCCGCCAUAUAUAAGCGGCGCGGGGGCCUGCCGGCGCGGUCCUGUCACGCUCGCACGGGGAGGAGGCUGAGGUGGCGAUGGCGGAUUUUGAUCCUUACGACGAUCGGGCCUACAGCAACUUUGGCGGCGGCCGGGGGUCUCGUGGUGGUGGCCUUGGUUCUCGCAAACAGAAAGAGCUGCCAACAGAGCCCCCUUUCACAGCGUAUGUGGGAAAUCUCCCCUUCAACACUGUUCAAGGUGACAUAGAUGCCAUCUUCAAGGAUCUCAGCGUAAGGAGCGUUCGACUAGUCAGAGACAAGGAAACAGACAAAUUUAAAGGAUUUUGUUACGUAGAGUUCGAUGAGGUGGAAUCACUCAAGGAAGCUCUUACGUAUGAUGGUGCACUUUUGGGUGACCGGUCACUCCGAGUGGACAUAGCAGAAGGCAGAAAACAGGACAAAGGUGGCUUUGGCUUCAGAAAAGGGGGGCCCGAUGACAGAGGAAUGGGAGGAGGUUCCCGAGAGCCCAGAGGAGGUGGAUGGGAUUCCAGAGAUGACUUCAAUUCUGGAUUCAAAGAUGAUGACUUCUUGGGAGGCCGAGGUAGAGGAACCCGCCCUGGAGACCGGCGACCACCAGGUGCCUCGAUGGGAAGCGUUGGCACUGGUCGCUUCAGAGAUGGGCCUCCCCUUCGUGGGUCUGCCAUGGACUUCAGAGAGCCAACAGAAGAGGAAAGAGCACAGCGGCCCCGACUUCAGCUCAAACCUCGAACAGUUGCUACUCCCCUCAAUCAAGUAGCCAACCCCAACUCUGCUAUCUUCGGUGGAGCCAAGCCCCGAGAGGAAGUAGUAAAAGAACAUGACUGAGUUUGGGGUUGAGAGGGAAUGGGGAGGCGGGAGAAAAAGCAAGACAGUACAGAGUGACUAGCUCUGCUGGAAUGUCAACCCUGCAGUUUACCAUUCCUACCAUCGGGUAUUUGUCCUCUUUGAAACCGAAAAUACAGAGCUUGUGAAUGCAUGUCAGCUGUUAACAAGUGGUUUUUAGUACGUUCUUGGCUUUGCUGUAUCUAGUGCCCGCUUUGUGCUGAGUUGCCCUCUUCUGUUUCCUUCCAAGCAGCACACUUGCCAGUAGAUAAGGCAGUGUAGCUGCUUCCACGAGCGUGGAGGUCUCUGGACACCGGUGCUGCUUCACUUCUUCCUUUCUGGGUUUAUUUUACUUUAGAAGCACAGGUUAGAUUUAGUUACUUCCCUGUACUGUUUUGUUUUACCUCCUCAGUGCUCCUCUUCUGACCUGCAUGUCUCCUUCUGUAUUGCUGUGGCUCUGAAGAGGAAAACUGGAGAGUCCAGAUGAGUUGAACUUUACAGUUCUAACCAAGUAGUGAAAUACCAUUUCUGACAACUGGUGACGGAGCUACUGGAUGCAGCAGAGCCUCUGGUGAUGCUAAGGGGACUGCUGCCAUUUCACACAGGCUGCCAGGAAUUAUCAAUUUAGUAGAUGGAAAUGAAAUUGGCUGACACGAGGCCUGGUGAAUAGGUGGUAGAAUCACUAUGGGUAAAGCCUCUGCCAGCAGCCUCUUGCUGGUUGCUGUGGGUGGAAAUGGUAUGGUACUACACCUGAGCUCAGGGUUAGUACUGCAAAACUGUGCUUGUUGGAGCACAACAGCUCACUGGCUCUUUCUGCUUACUUUUUUGGGUUUUACAUGUUUGAGAAAUUUUUAAAUGAAGUUUCUACAAAUAAAAUGGACUUUUUUAUUUUUGUUGAAGGAGUAUAUACUUUGCCAUGCAGUAUGUAAUCAUCGUUAGCCCUUUGUAUUUCUUUGCCCAGUGGUGUACAGUUUUAAGACCUCUGCUUUCCAAAUAACUUGAAAAUGGGCAGAUUAGAAAUCAUUCUGCUAGAGAUUCUCUUCCUGUAGAAGUUUGAGUUAAAAAGCAUCUCUUGAUUGCUGCAUCUCUCUUCACUUGAAAUGUUACUUACCAGUGUUCUCUGGGAGGAGGAAGGUGAGGCUGGAGCAAAAGGAGAGAGACCAUUUAAUGUUUAAAACCACAACCUGAAUCUACAACACUGAAGUGUGGAUGUGUCCAGUGCAUGAAAGACACUUGGGCCCCUAAUGCUAGUGCUGACAGCUUUCAGAUAAAACAGCUGGCACACCAGAGUGCUUGCAAGAGGACUUUGGAAGCAUGGCUGCUUCACUGCCAGCAUCACUGGCUAGUGGUGAAUUCCUUCCCUAAAGUUACCUUUUAAUGUCAGAGUCCCAGCAAUUUACAGAACUACUCUUUCCUUCCUUCUGCUGCCUGUCACUUAAUCUGCUUCUGAGAUAAGAACCAUUUGUCUAACACUAAUACUUAAUUUAAGACAGACAUGCAUUUGUGUGGUUGUAUUCCAAACCAAUAAUUGACCUAUUUACAUCUUCAAUGUGGAAAAAAAAAAAAAAAGAUUUUUAAGAACAAAUUCCCAUACAAAAACUCACCUCUAGUCACGACUGUUGACUUUUAAAUGUAAAAACAAAACCAACAAAAAUAGAAGAAAAACAAAAAAAAAAAAAAAAGGAGAAAAAAAAAAAAAAGAAUUCCAAACACUUAACACAUUCUGCUUCGUAACAAAAUAAAUUUAUGGAUAUGGUAUUUUGUGAAUGAUCUUUUAAAUAAAAGAAAACAUUAAGUAAUAUUUAACAUUGGUCUUUAUUGAGUCUGCUCUAGCAUUGUUCAUUUUCUUUCUUCCCCCCCCCACACCUCAGUUUUCAAACGUUGUAUUCAAUUUGGAGGCUUGCUUCCUUAAAUUUAAUGGAGAAGCAGGACCAGACCCAUUCUUACACAAAUAAGGGGGAGGAGGAAAAGAUGAAGGGGAGGAAUCUAAAGUGCUGGAAUGUGCAGGAAGUGGUGAGGGGAAAAUUGUGUUCGAGUGAGCCCGAAGUUCUUUGUCCUGUGGCUUCAGUAGAACUUCAGUCACCUGACUGAGGCUGCCAGGCAGAACUCAGCUGUGCUGUAGCUCCAAGGUCAUAGCUGCUUGUGCCAUUUUUGUGCAGCCCUCUGCCUGGUACAGAGUAAAACGUCUGUGUCCUCCCAGCUUGAGUGGAGAUUAGUUUAAUGUGGACUCCUUGUGGCAGGACAAAGUAAGCAUCAGCUCACUCCUGUCUUGCCCAAUAUUUGCCUUUUUCAGCUGACCUGUUUCCCACUAAACACAACUGUCGAGGAGGCUGUUGCCCUGCCUGAAGUAUGCAAGAGCCAGGUUUUCAUGGAGGAAAUGAGCCCUGACCUUCCUGCUGGUUUUAGUGCUUCCCACAGUGUAAAAGGAUGGGAAGUGUUCCUGCCUUCCAGCUGCUCAGUCCACUCCUCAGACCUGCUGCAGCAACAGCUUGAGCAGAGGAUUCAAAUCCUGCUCUGGAGCUCCAGCUCCUGACUGUCUUAGAUGAGUAACAGCUGCAGUCCAGUAUAUCAGAGCAGGGCUGGCUGAGGUUGUGUUCUUCAACUGCUGCCACGAGGCUUGCUCUAGAGCUGGCCUUUGAAACCUGACAGUGACAGCAACAAUUCUGUCACUGCACGGAGGAAAGCGACAUUGAUUUGUGAGAAAGGCAGAGCAGUGAGAAAUGGCUCACUUUGGCUCUCUGUUUUCCUCUAUUUGCUAACAUUUUGUCAAGGAUUUCCUACCAGCGAGUGCAGCCUAAUCCAAAUAUUUAGUAGCUCUUUGUGUACCAAUGUUAAUGUAUUUCCUGCUUUAUUUAAAGCAUUCUGCUUCCCACAAGGUUUAGGGUCAGACUCCUCCAGUCCCUUUUUCCCCUUUGAAAAUUAAACUGAUGAGCAUUUUCUUAUGCAGAGCCAUGUCAAACUAGCUUGAGUUAACAGCUGACAAAACUAUAUUUAAUAUAUGGGGCAUUUAAGUUUUGUAGGAGGUAACAAGAUUAUUUUUAGCUCAUCCCACCAGUAAAAAGCAGUUAAGGUUGAAUCCACAGUGCUUAAUUUUAUCUACAGCUUAAAGCUAAGCUUGGCAUGGCAAAGCCUAGACCACGGAGGUUACUAACAGUGGCAACGUGGAUAUAGUUCACUUGUGGCUGUUGUUCUCACCAAGUUAUUUCUAGUAGCUGUGCAGAAAUUUCUUCAAGCUUGAAGUUAAAAAAUAACCCAAAGUGAAAUGAGGAAUGCAGCAGAGAGGUUUUGGAACUGAAAUUGGGUUUGCUUUGCUACUGUAGAAAGUGCUUUGUUGUGUUUCUCCAGUUGGGCUGCAGUGGCAAGGCUGGCGUGGUGUCUCUGGCAGGGCUGUGGGCCAACAGAGGAGUAACAAUGUGCAUCUAAUGUGCUGCAAAACUCCACUGGCAGAAAAUAAACCCCACUGGGCUCCCAAGCCCAGGAGCAGUGCUGGAAAAGCUAAUCCCAGUCUUCUGAUGGCAGCAGCCCAGUGUGUUGCCAGCUUGCUGGGCCAUGCAAGUCUAACAGCAUCUCAGGGGGCUUGUGCUCAUGGAUGUUCUGAUGGCUGAAGAAAGAGGUGUAGGAGUGGUUGCAUAUUGCAAUGAUGGGCUGCUGGUAAAAUCAAGCUCAAAUAUGCCCUUGGAGGUGGCUUGGUUGUCUUCCUAAAGGACCAACAAGAUAUUAACCUACUACUGAGAUGCACUGGCACUACUAAGAGUCUCCAACGUUGCCCAUGAGUUGCUGAAGUUCUGCUGUUUGUGGCAGUGUGGCUGAGACUCACUGUCCCAGGGCAGUUUUGGAUGAUGCCAAUAUUUUCCAGUUUUUCUGAAUUCUUUUACAGUUUCAAUCCUGACUUCAGCACGUAGGAAAAUGCUACCUGCAGUGCUAGCUGCUGACCUGUCUUCAGAAAAGAUGAGAGCAUGGUGACAGGUUUAGACCCAAUCCGUUUUGUAGGAAAGAUUUCACAGCAAAGCCAGCUAAUUUUGACGUGCUUAUGUGACCCCUUUGUCAGAGCACUCAAUCUGUAGCAAGCUGCAGAGCAGCCCUUGACUCACUGGCUGCUGUGAGUAGAGCAGUUUGGAGUGACAGUUCCCCUGGUCACCCAGAGUGUGUUCUGGACAAGGGCUCUGUGUGUCAGCUCUGCUCCAAGCAGUGUAGUAAGUCAGGGGUAGAUCUUUGGUCUCCUACACCAACCUCACUUCUCUGUGUGGAAGCAGUUGUGGUGGUUAUUGAAGCUGGCUUUCAGCAAGGAGCUGGGUGAUGAGCUCUUAGCUGCCAGCAUCUUCAAAUCUGUGUUCAAUUUCUGGGUUUCAUUCUGGUGGUGUCUGUGUUUUGUUAUCACACAAGAGUGGUGGCCCUGAAGGAAUAGGUCUGGUAGUGCAUUCUGACAUGUUCUAGGUGACUUUGUAGCUGUCAAGGGCACUGCUCUGGCCUGGAUUCUUGAGGUGACAUUUUGUAGGUGAUGCUUGUCCUGCACUUUCAGAAAAGGGAGUUUCUGUGGCUGAAGGGGAAUCUGAUUUCCAGCUGAGACUGGAAUUUUCCAUUCUGGUAGCUGAAUCCCUCCUCUCAAAUGCCACUUAUCCCACUGCAGGAUUUCAAGGAAUCGAGUUUGUUUGGAGUGGCAGGAGGCCACCUUUCGUUGGGUGCAUCAGUUUUACCAGGUCAGCUGCAGUUUACUCUUGUUUGUGGUACCACUCACUGCAGCAGUGUUGCACCCAACCCAUCAGAAGCAUUUAGAAAGGUGUCAGCAGAUUCUUGGACCCUGCUUUCUGAAAGGAUUUAACCCUUCAGUGCCAGGCACUUGGCUCUCAGGCCUGAGACAGCUUAGAAACAACAGUAGCUUGAUGUCAUUUUGUGCUGGGGACUGACUGGAGAAACGUAGCACCAAAGCUGUAGGUGUAGAGCUUGCACUUCUGCACAGUAGGGACUGCAGGGGAGAUUUGCUGCUUCCUCCCCAUGUCUGCUUGCUUCAACCCAAGACUUAGCUGGGCACAAGAAGCAGGAGAUCAGGUUCUGGUUGCACAUGCAGUGUCACAGUGUGUGUACAGUGUCGCUGUCAUUAGGUGUGAGAUCACAUUCCUCACCUUACUCUGGCUGUUUGGGUAACUGAGUCUAAAGCAUUUUAUGGUUUCCUUUCCUGUGGCUGCAAGGACACUGUCAGAUGAUGUUGCCUGCUCAACAGUAGGUUCAACAUUGGCUUCCCUCAUUUCUGCCCCCCUUUGCAGCAAAGGCCAUCCAAGGGCUUUAAGGACUUUCAGCACUGUUACAGGGACAACCUGCUUACCUGUAAGCUCACAGAUCCUCAUGCAAAGCUCUAGAGUAUCCCAGGGUUGAUGUUUUGGGUAUGGUAUUGCUGGGAAUGCUGCCACCACCUUUCUGCCCAGUAAGUUUCAGCCAGGUCAGUGUUCCCCAUGGUAGGGAUUUGCUUCCUACUGUGAGAUUGUUUUGUUUAUGUCACCGUGCUCCCAAGAUCUGCCUCUUUCUUUUCAGUAAACCAAAAAAAAGGGGGAAAAAAAACCCCAACCUCACAAAGUCCCUCUCUAAACCCCUGUGAGAUCUGUGCUGUAAUGGAUCUGUAUCGUUUGUAUUGCUGUAAAAAUAAAACCCAAAAUCAAAUAAAAGCAUUCAAACCGUC